AUGCUCUCUUCUUCCAGUUCUUACGACGUACUUAUUGUUGGUGCCGGUAUAGCAGGGCCGGCCCUCGCCCAUGCCCUUGCCACGAAGACCUUUGGCAAGCGUACUGCUCCCCUUCGGAUAGCAGUACUCGAGCGGUCUUUCGCAAAGCCAGACCGCAUGGUCGCUGAAUUGCUCCAGCCUGGCGGUGUUACCGCUCUCAAGCAGCUUGGUAUGGAGUCAUGUCUUGAGACUUUUGACUCUGCUCCCUCGGCAGGUUUUUACGUUCUGCGAGGGGAGCAUGGCAUUUGCGCACCAUUCCCUCGAGGCUAUGAGGCAAGAGCUUUUGAACACGGGUCGUUUGUCAUGUCCUUGCGCGACUGCGCACGCCGGGCCCCCAAUGUCCAAAUGAUUGAGACCACAGUCACUGAUCUCAUCGAGAACGAGGAGACACAUCGCGUAAUAGGUGUCCGCGCCUCCCAAGCGGGUGGUCAGCCGGAGUCGUAUUUUGCUGACCUCGUCAUUCUCGCGGACGGUUCCUUAUGCAAGUGGAGAACUACCGUUCUCGGACACAUGCCAUACGAGCCUGAGCAAAAGGGAUACUUGGCAGGAUUGAUGGUGAAAGACCUAAAGCUGCCGGUGCCAAAGUAUGCCACUAUGAUAGUACUGAAAGGCGCUGGACCGGUCGUCCUUUAUGAGCUCCCCAACAAUGAGCAUAGAAUGUUGGUUGAAUUCAAGGAGCCACCGCCAGAUCUCAAGGAGCAUAUAUUGCACGACGUUAUUCCUCAGCUUUCGCCAUCGAUACGUGAGCCCAUUCUCAAAUCUCUGGAAACAGGGCGUCUCCGGCGUUCCCCGCAUUAUUAUCUUCCGGCCAUACCGCAGGGAGAACGUAGCAAGCCAGGCGUGUUUCUACUGGGAGAUUCACUAAAUAUGCGCCACCCGCUAACUGCGGGUGGAAUGACGGUCGCAUUGAACGACGCGGUCAUCCUCUCUGAUCUUCUGGCCGACGUUGAGAGCUUUAGCAACUGGGAUGAAAUCUCGGCCGUCCUUCGGAAGUGGCACCAACUAAGAAAACCGCUCGCAUCAACCAUCAAUACCAUGAGCAUGAGCUGGGCUGGCCUAUUUGCAGCCGAAGGCGAGGCGUUUGACAUUAUGCAGGAUGGAGCAUUCAAAUUUUUCGGGAAAGGUCCAGAGUAUUCUGAGGCCCCCAUGUCAUUAGCAGCUGGAAUAACUGCGUCUCCGUUAUUGCUGGCACGGAGUUCUCUUACAAUCGCGCUUUACUCCAUUUGGGUAUUAUUUACCCACCCUAGACCGGGAAAUAAAUCUGCUCCGCCAAUUUACGAAUACCCGAUACUUUUCGUAAAAGCACUUAACGUCAUAUGGACUAUUGGGUCGGUCAUGGGCCCAGUAUUGUGGGCGGAGAUGUGA